GCUGAGCACCUGCUUGCGCUGUGUGAGGAGAAGGAAAAUACCAUUCGAGAACUGGAAGACAAACUUCGCGAUACAGAACAACGCGCCACCGAAGGAGUAGCUACGCGAGAUGAAAACGAUGCACUGAAGGCGCAGCUGGAUGAGGUGCAAAAGGCGCUGAAUGAAAAGAAUGAGCUUUUUGGUGAUUUAGAGAAGGCGAAGAAUGAUGCGGAGUGGAAUCUCGGCGAACACAGACAGUGGCUUGCUGAUGCUAACGAAAGAGCCGAUCAGUUAAAUGCGCUGUGCGAGGAGAAGGAGCGCGUCAUCCAGGAUUUGGCGAACAAGCUGCAUGAAGCGGAACGAAGCGCCACCGAAGGAGCGAAGGCGCAAAAUGAGGCGGAACGAUUGGGUGCGCUAUGCCAGGAGAGGGAAAAUGCUAUCCGCGAUCUGGAAGGCAAACUUCGUGAAGCAGAGCAACGUGCCACCGAAGGAGCAAACGCGCGAGAUGAAAAUGAGUAA